UUCCAGUGUGGGUGUAAGAUUGUGACAUUUGAUAGGAACUGGUCAGACUGUAAUUGGACUGCUGUCCCACCCUCCUUGAGGCACAUUGCCCCGACCAGCACAACUCUUGACCUGCCCUCAUCAGCAGACUCUGGGUCGAGUAUAUAAGCAUGUCAAAGUGGGAAAGCUGCACACAACGUUGCAAACUGAGAAAAGACCUUAAGGUAAAAAUGGGUCACCAGGCCUCUAAAGCCAGCAAGAAUGUAAUACCGCACCAGACUAAACCGAAUACGCAAUGGGAGAACAAUAAUGUAAUACUGCAGCAGAUUAAACCGAAUACGCAAUGGGAGAACAAUAAUGUAAUACUACAGCAGAUGAAACCGAAUACGCAAUGGGAGAACAAGAACGUAAAACCACAGCAGAUUACAAAAAAUACGCAAUGGGUGAACAAGGUGAAUCAAUGCCCAUUUUCCAAGAAAGUGAAGAACUUCCAGGAUGGGUCGUGCCAUCAAGACACAUUACAUCAUGGGGCGGUUAAGAGCCAGAUUUGUAUGUCUAAUGUUUGUGAAGGCUCUAUAAUGACUCCAAAGGCUAUGACGCGCUGUCCCUCCUCCACCCUGCCAAGCUCAGAUGACAUCCUUAUGCAAGCUAUUGACUUCAUCAAUCAGUACUACAAAUCCUUUAAAAACCCAAAAGUCGAGGAGCAUCUGUCUCGUUUGGAGGAAGUCGCGAAGGAAAUAGAGGCCACUGGCUCAUAUCAGCUCACCACAAAAGAAGUGGAAUUUGGGGCUAAGCAAGCAUGGAGAAAUGCACCCAGAUGCAUUGGCAGAAUUCAGUGGGCUAAUUUACAGCUGUUUGAUGCACGUAAAUGCAGAACUGCUGAGGAUAUGUUUCAGAUGUUGUGCGAUCAUAUUCAGUUUGCUACCAAUGGAGGCAACCUGAGGUCUGCUAUCACUGUGUUUCCUCAAAGAACUGAUGGCCAACAUGAUUUCCGUGUAUGGAAUAGUCAACUGGUACGAUACGCUGGCUAUAAGAUGACAGAUGGUACAAUAAUAGGAGAUCCUGCCAGUGUUGACUUCACAGAGAUUUGCAUCCAGCUUGGAUGGACACCAAACUACGGCCAGUUUGAUGUGCUUCCACUGGUGUUACAAGCUAAUGGAGAGGACCCUCAGUUUUUUGAAAUUCCCCAACAUUUAAUUUUGGAAGUUCCCAUGGAGCACCCACAGUACAAGUGGUUUAAGGAUUUGAAUCUCCGAUGGUAUGCAUUGCCUGCAGUGGCCAACAUGUUGCUGGAGAUUGGUGGUCUUGAAUUCCCAGCAUGUCCUUUUAACGGUUGGUACUUGGGCACUGAGAUUGGAGUGAGGGACUUCUGUGAUACCCAACGCUACAAUGUUCUUGAGCGGGUUGGCCGUCAUAUGGGUUUGGAGACACAAAAACUGUCCUCACUAUGGAAGGAUCAAGCUCUGGUGGCCAUCAAUGUCGCAGUGAUGCACAGUUUUCAGAAAAAUAAGGUCACCAUUACCGACCACCAUUCUGCAUCAGAGUCCUUCAUGCAGCACAUGGAGAUGGAGGUGCGUCUGCGCGGAGGCUGUCCAGCCGAUUGGGUCUGGCUGGUGCCACCAAUGUCUGGAUCUCUAACGCCUGUGUUCCACCAGGAAAUGCUGAAUUACAUCCUGUCACCCUUUUUCUACUACCAGCCUGAUCCAUGGUUGACACACAAGUGGAAAGACAAGAAGAGAAUGGAGAGGAGGCAUGCAAUCAGCUUCAAAGGAUUGAUCAGAGUAGUGCUCUUCUCUCAGACACUCAUUAAAUCAGCCCUGGCCAAGAGGGUGCGUUGCACUGUUCUCUACGCCACAGAAACAGGGAAAUCACAGACUUUUGCUAAGAAACUAAACACCAUGAUGAAUUGUGCAUUCAGCUCCCGGGUCAUUUGCAUGGAGGACUACAACUUCAGUGAACUGGAGAAGGAAAGCCUCUUAAUUGUUGUCACCAGCACUUUUGGCAAUGGAGAUUGUCCAGGAAAUGGAGAGAGUUUCAAGAAGCAGCUUCUCAGCCUGAAAAACCUCAGUAACAAAGUGAGGUACUGUGUGUUUGGUCUCGGCUCUCGAAUGUACCCACAAUUCUGUGCGUUCGCCCAUGCAGUGGAUGCUAGGUUAGCAGCGCUGGGAGCCAUCCGUGUGUCCGCCACAGGAGAGGGAGAUGAGCUGAACGGACAGGAGGAAGCUUUCUCAGUCUGGGCUUGCGCUGCCUUUAAGGAUGCAUGCAAGGAGUUUAAUAUUCAAGGUCAGCUUCCAGGAAAAGAAGGUCUGGCAGAUUCCUGGGAUCCUCAGAGGCACAGAGUUCAGAAUGACAGCUGUACACUUGACCGAAUCACAGCUCUGUCAGCUCUCCAUUCUAAAGCGGUGGUUCCCAUGAAACUGAAGAGAAGACAGAAUCUACAGAGCCCAAAGUCAAGUCGUUCUACAAUAUUGGUGGAGUUAGAGAUGGAUGGGAGUACAGAGACCUUAAACUUUGUCCCUGGAGACCAUGUCGGGAUUUUCCCAGGGAACUCACCUGAAUUAGUAGCUGGCAUCCUGAAGCAUCUGCCCAAUGCCCCUCCUAUCAAUCAGAGCCUACGCUUGGAAUUCCUCAGUGCCUACCCCGAUGGUGAAAGGUGGCAGAGAGAUGAACGGAUACCACCAUGUCCUCUUGCCCAAGCUCUUACCUACUAUCUGGAUGUCACCACCCCACCCUCACAAAGCCUCCUCCGCAAACUCUCAAAGAUGGCAAAGCAGGAAGAUCACAGACAGCGCCUGCUCGCAUUAGCAACAGAUUUCCAAGUCUACGCAACAUGGAAGGAGUUCCACAAACCUACUUUCCUUGAGGUGCUAGAGGAGUUUUCCUCUCUGGAACUUUCUGCUGCCUUUCUCCUCAGCCAGCUGCCUGUACUGAAGCCACGCCUCUACUCCGUCAGCUCCUCCCCAGACCUCCACCCUCAAGAGCUCCACCUCACUGUGGCCGUGGUCAACUAUUACACACAGGAGGGAAAAGGUCCACUGCAUUUUGGGCUCUGUAGUACCUGGCUCAAUACCAUCAAAGAAGGAGACUUGGUGCCAUGUUUCGUUCAUAGCUCUGAUGGAUUCCAUCUUCCAUCCGACCCUAGUGCUCCCUGUAUUCUUGUGGGAGUUGGGAGCGGCAUUGCUCCCUUCCGUAGCUUUUGGCAACAGCAAUUGCAUGACAUGAAAAAAACAGGUCUGAAAGGGAAUCCAAUGACACUCGUGUUCGGGUGUCGAGAUUCAGAUAUUGAUCAUCUUUACAAAGAGGAGACUCUGGACAUGAGAGAUAAUAGCACCCUGAGCAGCAUUGUCACAGCUUACUCGAGACAAACUGGACAACCCAAGGUUUAUGUCCAAGACAUCUUGCGAGAACAACUGAAUGACAAGGUCUUUGAGGUUCUGCACCAUAAUCCAGGGCAUCUGUAUAUUUGUGGAGGUAUGAAUAUGGCCCAUGAUGUGGCUGCCACUAUCAAGGAAAUAUUAGUCAGCCGACUGGGCAUCACUCUUACUCAGGCUGAGGAAUAUCUGUCAAGGCUCAAGAAUGAAAAGCGGUACCAUGAAGACAUCUUUGGAUCUUAGUGCUUGAGAUCACCUGGACCACCUCAAGCUUUUCCAUAUCCAAGCACACUUACUUGCAAUUUUUUGAUUUUCAUACAGCUUCCAAAAUAAUGCCAAAACCUCUCUUAACUUAAAAACUACACAAAUACACAACAGCAGUGUAUUCAAUUUCCAUGCACCACCCUGAUCGUCAGUAACUUUUGGAAUGUACUCCUCAAAUUAUGGAGAAAUAUUAGCUUCUGCUAUAAAAAAACUGUAUUAUUUACUGUAUUAUUCCUAUUUGUUUGUUUUUUGGGAAGACUGGCCUACACUUCUUUAGAGUAGUGUUUUCGUGGCACACUAAGUGCAGGAACAAUUAUUUUGGAGCAAUCUUUGUUUCCAUGCUCAGAACAACUUCUAUCUGAGGGCUUCAAAAGUCUGACCUUUAAAAGAGUUUACUUGUCACAUAUAUGCUUAUUUAAUUAGUCAUCUAUAAAAUGUGCAAUACUGCUUUUUUUCCUCUCACCUUUUACUUUUUAAAACUAUUGUUUAUUUCUUCAUUUAGAUUUGAAUAUCACAUUUUCAGUUUAGUUUCAGACUAUAGUCUAGUCUUGACAAACUAUACUCUCAGCUCAAUGUUUAUUGUUAAUACUUUCUUUCUUUCAAGUGUUACAUAUACGUUUUGUAUAAAUCUUUAAGUGGAUGUUCAUGUUAAAUACUGCAUUUUGUAAUAAACUGACUACUAU